CAUCAAUCUAAAGCGCUCACCUAGUCUACCAGCCAUGCCGCCAGCACUUCCAUUUAUCGAAUACUCCAACACCUUCCACCACAAAAGCUACCCGGCCAUCUCGCCAACACGGCCCGAGCUCUCCGCAGCCGGCAAGACCGUCUUUAUCAGUGGUGGCGGGCGCGGGCUCGGCACGGGGAUUGUCGCCGCCUUCGCACAGGCUGGCGCUAAGAAUAUCGUCAUCAUGGGCCGAAACGCCACAAGCCUGCAAACCGUCGCAACUACCACAGAAACAGCCUGGCCUUCGACUAAGAUCACGAUCGUUACUGGCGAUGUAUCCUGUGAAGUUGACGUUGCGCGCGCUUUUUAUGAAGUGAAGAAAGUGGCUCCAGACGGUGUCGACGUCGUUGUCGCGAAUGCGGGGCAUUUAGCAACAGUGGCGCCAAUUCCCGCCGCCGCUCCCACUGCAGGGCACAGCUCCACCGAGCAGACCAAAUUAGAUCCCGUCCUCAUGGACUGGUGGCGCGCCUUUGAAGUCAAUGUCAAAGGCGUCUUCCUUCUCGCGCGACACUUUCUCGCCUCGGCAAUGCCUAGCGCCGUGUUCCUGAAUGUAUCGGCCGGUGCCUGCCACCUCAACCCCGUACUCCCCGGCUUCUCGGCGUACGCUGGGUCUAAGAUCGCGACGGCGCGGGUUAUUGAGACGCUACAGGAAGAGAACCCUGCGUUUAGGUUCUACAACGUGCAGCCUGGCGUUGUGAAGACGGAUAUGUUGACAAAUUCAGGACUGCUUGCUAUUCCAGACCUGCCAUUAGAUGAUCGUGAGUGUUUCCACCGAAUAUAGCCGGAGCUAAUAAGCCUGCAGUUGAACUACCAGGCCACUUUAUGGUCUGGCUAGCCAGCCCGGAGGCUGAGUUCUUGAAAGGCAAGUUCUUAUGGGCCAACUGGGAUGUCGAAGAGCUGAAGGAGAGGAAGGAGAAAAUUCUGGCGGGGAAUAAUUUGGUUACUGGCCUGGUAGGGUGGGCCUGAUAUCCCUUCAAUUGGUUUGCUUAUUAUGAGGGCCUAUACUCCGUAGUCGCCCAAUCAUUCGAUUCCGAAUGCUAAAUAGGAAUAUGCCAACUCUGUUA